CUUCGGACGAGGGGGACUACGACUGCAUGGCGCAGAACCGCUUUGGGCUGGUGGUGAGCCGCAAGGCCAGGAUUCAAGCGGCCACCAUGUCCGAGUUCCACAUUCACCCCCAGAGCGCGGUGGUGGAGGAAGGAGGGGUCGCCAGAUUCCAGUGCCAAAUCCACGGCGUGCCUGAGCCGGUCAUCAUGUGGCAGAAGAACCAUCUCCCCAUCAGCACAGAAAAUGACAGGUACACCUUGCUGCCCAAGGGGGUCUUGCAGAUCACCGGACUCCGUGCCGAGGACGCCGGGAUCUUCCACUGUGUGGCCACCAACAUCGCCAGCGUGAAGUUCAGCAGGGGAGCCCGGCUCACUGUGUCAGGUUCCCCUUCUGCGGUGUACAAGGAUCCCAUGAUUCUCGUGGGGCCAGAGAACCUGACCUUAACGGUGCACCAGACGGCGGUCCUGGAGUGCAUCGCGACCGGGAACCCCCGGCCCAUCGUCUCCUGGAGCCGGCUUGAUGGGCGUCCCAUUGGCGUCGAAGGGAUUCAGGUCCUCGGCACCGGCAACCUGAUGAUUUCGGACCUCACUGUGCAGCACUCUGGGAUCUACGUGUGUGCCGCCAACAAGCCGGGGACACGGGUGAGGAGGACGGCCCAGGGACGGCUGGUGGUGCAAGCGCCUGCGGAAUUCGUGCAGCACCCCCAGUCCAUUUCCAGGCCCGUGGGAACCACGGCCAUCUUCACCUGCCUGGCUCAGGGGGAGCCUCCGCCGCAGGUCACGUGGCUGAAGAACGGGCGGAUUUUAGAACCCACGGACCACAUUAAGCUGAAGAACAGCAACAGCACCCUGACCAUCCACAGCAUCAGCAAGGACGACGAGGCCAUCUACCAGUGCCUCGCCGAGAACAGCGCGGGCUCCACCCAGGCCAGCGCCCGGCUGACGGUGCUGUGGGCCGACGGGCUGCCCGGCCCGCCGCAGAAGGUGAAGGCGGAGACCGUCUCGGCCACGACCAUCCAGGUGCUGUGGAGCGAGCCUCUGCAGAACACCAAGGAAAUCAUCGGCUACGUCCUGCACAUCAGGCGCGCGGCGGACCCCGUGGAGAUGGAGUACCAAGAGGCCGUCAGCAAGAACACCUUCCAGCAGCUGGUGACUGACCUGGAGCCCUCCACCAGCUAUAGCUUCUACAUCAAGGCCUACACCUCCCGCGGGGCCAGCAAGUCCUCUGAAGUCGUGCUGGUGAGCACGCUGGGGGAAGCGCCGGCGGUGCCGUCCCUCUUCAUCAAGGUGCUCAACAGCACCGCCAUCCAGGCCACGUGGGAGCCCUCCCUCAAGCUGGGCCAGCACGAGGGCUUCAAGCUUUACUACCGGAAGGUGCACGUCUCCCACUUCGUCGGCCCCCUGCUUCUGGCUGGCAACACCACCGCGCACAACAUCACUCGCCUCGACCCUGCGGUUGUGUACGAAGUCAAGCUGCUCGCAUACAACCAGCACGGGGACGGGAACGCCACCGUCCGCUUCGUGUCUCUUCGAGAGAGCACCGAAAAAGCAGGGUCAAAUCCCCCAUGCAACUGUCUGAAGGACGAGCACGGCAACAAGACCUCGGCUACGGGCAUCGUCAUUGGGAUCCACAUCGGAGUGACCUGCAUCAUCUUCUGUGUCCUGUUCCUCAUGUUUGGCUACCGAGGACGCCUGCUAAUGUGUAAAAACGUCCAGGAGCAGCUGUCGACUCCACAGAUCCAGAGGAGCCACAGAAAUGCCGUGGGCCUAGCCCUGAAUGGAUCUGCUCCGAGGGAAAGGCACGAUCCAGAUGCAAAUGGGAAGCAGGUGGACAUGAAUGAACUGGAAAGGCUGUUCCCGGCACCACCUUCCCCUCCCGAUCCACACAGUAAGGGUAUAACGCUGGAUCGCAUUCCUGCUACCUCACCUAACGAAACGCAGAUGUCCACGCUUCUGCCAGACGAAUUCAGCAUCACGGAAGAGCAGAUCGAUGCCCCACUUCCAGACGCCCUCAGGCACACAGGGCAAACUUCGGCUUCGCGUCGGCCAAGAAGGACCAGCUUCGAACCCAGCUCCAACCAAUGA